AUGGUCACUAAGGACUCUGAGUCAUCCUCCAGCAGCUCUGACACCUCCAGAGCUAACCCUAAGUCAACAAUGGCUUUCUCCGGAAUGCUCAAUGAUGCUGACAUCACUGCAGCAAUUGCUGCUUGCUCAGCUGCCGACUCCUUCAAGCACAAGGAAUUCUUUGCCAAGGUCGGCCUGGCUGCCAAGAGCGCAGAUGACGUCAAGAAAGCCUUCUUCGUCAUUGACCAGGACAAGAGUGGCUUCAUUGAGGAGGAUGAGCUGAAGCUGUUCCUGCAGAACUUCGCUGCUGGGGCCAGGGCUCUGACCGACAAUGAGACCAAGACGUUCCUGAAGGCAGGUGACGCUGAUGGUGACGGCAUGAUUGGAGUUGAUGAGUUUGCCGCCAUGGUCAAAGCCUAA